AUGAUAUCUUCAAAUUCUUCAACUUCUACAAAUCCUUCUUCUAACCUGUCAAAACACACUUCUACAAAUCCUUCUUCCAACCUGCCAAUACGCACAAAACCUUCUCAAAAACCUAAGAUCUCUAUAGCUACUCAGUCUACAUGGCAUAAGAGAUUAGGACAUUCUUCAAAAAUCGCCAUUCAAAAUCUUGCAAAUGAUGCAACUGGCAUUCAAAUCACCCAUCAAGAAGAUGCUGCGGACGAGCUUACCACCGAGCUUUGCAAACCCUGCCAUCUAUCUAAUGCGGAAAAUCAAAUAUCUAGACGUCCCCACGUUAGAUCUCAUACACCGAAUCCAACACCUGAACCUACGCCAGGGCCAGCGGGCCCUAAUGUUGAUACAGGUCCUAAUGUUGAUACAGGUCCCAAUAUUGAUAUUAAUACUCAACCAGCUGCAAUAGAUGAUUGUACACGGAACAUUGCACCUAGAGCUCACAAUAUCAGUGCUAUCUUUGAUGAAGAUAAUAUCAUUGAAGGCCGCAGAACCCGAAAUCACAGAGCUGCCCACCUUGUGGCAGUUGCAAAUGCCAAAGCCAAUCCUUUUCAAAUGAUCAAUGAAGCAUACUCUCAUUCUCAUUCUCACCCAGACUUCUACAAGUCUCAAAAUUUAUUUCCUAAUACUGUUUUUACUGUUAUCAACAAUACAUCUACCUCAACAGCAUCAAUUCCUUCAAGGAUCCAUAGAUCUCAACUGCCAGAUCCACCGAACCACUGGGCAGAUGUUGAAAAACACCCACAUCGCGAAGAAUCCGAGAACGCUAGGCUUCACCUCUAUGCCAGAGGAUUGCUGCCUCUUCUCAAAUGA